AUGCCGUUCCGCACCACACGUCGCAGCCCCACGCUGACCGAGGCGAGCUACGUCUCGAAUGCCGACACGACCGCGUCGUCACCGCAAGACUCGACCCGCAAGGUACUGGUGGACGACGAAGAGCUCCUCUUCCGCGUGCGCAAUGCUGCACUCGCUGUGCCGCUCAAGCAGGCACUAACCGAUCCAUUGGACUCGUGGGACUCCAUCAAGAGCACGCCGUGCAUUCGCCUGGGUCCGUUGCGGUCGGGCGACAACACGUUCGAGCUCUCGUCACGCGCUACGGGCCCCAAUGGCGACGGGUACGAGGUGCUGACUGUGGGCAGCAUCGCCUGCAGCCCUGCAGAGCUCGUGUCGGUGCUGUGUCCGCGUGACGAGAGCGACUACAACGCGGCUAUGAAGGGCAUCUACGGCAGCCAGUUCAUCUACGGCUCGGUGGUGCAGAUUCUGGACGGGAAGCAGUCCCAGGGCACCAUGCCCGACGGCCACCAGCUUGCGGUGAGGACCGGGUGCUUCGCGCGCUCGAGGAUGCUCGCGCGCAAUGAGCAGUGGUGCUUCCUCGAGUACUUCCAGCCCACGAGCGACGCUGGGACGAGCUCGGUUGACACCUCUCAAGGGUUUUCCGUGUCCUUACUGUCACUCUCCGAGAAGGAGCUCGCUGCGGGAAAAGCUACCGGCAGUCGAGUGGAUCAGUUGGACGGUGUCACGGCGUUGCUGGUUGUGGACACUGAGCCGAAUGUUUCUGGGGACGAAGGGGCUACCAAGCUGCGCGUGAUGUUUCACGCUCUUUACAAUGGCAAGGAAGAGCCUGCGCCAGGACAAGCGUCGGACAAGAUGGCUCGGAUUCGACUCCAAGGCCUGGCCGCGGGGAUCACGCGCCUCCCGGCAGUGGUGCGGCGUCGCCGGCUGGGCACUCAAGUGUUCGCGCACCAAACGGCCACGGCUGAGCUGCAGAACAGUGAGGCGCAGAACACGCGCUGCAUCUCGUGCACCAAGGGGCUGCGUCUCAGCGCUCUGAUGCGCGUUGCUCGCCGCUGCCAGCUCUGCGCGUACAACGUGUGCACGUCGUGCUGGUCGCGUGAGAACGUCGAGACGUACAACGGCCAUCUCUCAGCCGUGGGCGUCUGCAAGCGCUGCCUCGAGUGGGUCGACCGCUGCGACUACACGCACGUUCAAAUUGGCGACCGAGGCCCCGUGGAGAUCAUCGACGACCCCGUGUCUAGCGACUGCUCUGCGCCCACAUCGACUUUGGGUCAGCUGAGUCUGCGCGAAAACCUCGCAGUCAAGUCCACCAAGAACGCGGCAGUCAGCGUGAUCAAGAUGCUCCUGGACCCGUCGAAGGCCGAAACGGAGACUACCUACAGCAGCAGCAGCAGCGACGCAGAGAGCACCGACAGCGAAGAUGAUGAGGUCGAGGAGAAGUACAUGUCGGCGGUGGGCGAAUACUUCCAGCGACGCGCGCGUGAGGCGCCAGCAGCGAAGGACUGCGUGCUUUCCAACGCCCAGCAACGCACGUAUCCGUUGCAUCCGAUGGACCAUUCCUCUCCGUCUGCCCCGAUUCCUGACUACGAGGCUGAACGACUGGACUGCAUCGCCAAAUUCGGUCUUAUGGAGCUGAACGAGCCCAUGCCGGAGCUGGACAUCAUUUGCUUCUUCCUGGGCAAGGAGCUCGGCUUCUUCUGUACGAUGAUCACGAUCGUCGGGGAGACGCACCAGUUGAUCUUGAGCUGCACGAUCCCGGACUUCGUGCAGGCUCUCCUGCCGCGCGAGCACACUUUCUGCCAGCACCUGCUCAUGGGCAACGCGCCGUUCAUCAUCAAGAACCCGCAAGCAGACGUCCGCUUCUACAAUUUGAACCCCGUCACCCGCCAAGGCGUCAAGUACUACUGCGGCAUCCCGAUCACGGGUCCGGAUGGAGUCAUGGUGGGCUCCAUUUGCUGCGUGCACAGCGCUGCGAUGGACAUCACGCGCUCGCAGUACGGCACGCUCGUGCGGUUCGGCGAGAUCGCGUCCAAAAUCAUCCGAGUGAAGGCUGAGGCGAAGCUCCGUGGGGACUGA